AUGGUGGCAGAGAAGCAACAGGAGCGUCAUAAUAAUGAUAAGAAGCGAAAGUUCAGGCGUCCAUUUCAAAGGUCACCAACGAAUGGAGCUCUAAAGAGCAGUAUAGGCAAAGAAAAGGAUAAAGUACACAACAGAUAUAUAUCCACAAAUGCGAAUACUGGCGGAGGUUUUAAUGGUAGUCAGGCAAAUGGUAAUGUAGGUAAGAAUUUUAAAGAUGCGAAUGAAGGUUCUUCUGAGAUUGUAAACAAUAAUAGCGGAAGUAACAAUAACAUUAAUAACAAUGAAUCGCGUUUAAAUAAUAACAGAUAUGUUAAUAAUAGUAAUGGUUCCAAUAAAAACUUCUCUAAUAACAAUGGGGGUGUUAAGAACCAAUAUUAUGGUACCCGUAGAGAUAGCUCUGAAAAGGGUCAGUUUUCUACAGGUACCAAUAUUAACACAUAUGUUACAGGAAAUGAUGACAAUUCCAAACCUAGUCAUGCAAAGAACAAUAAGCCUGAAAAAAUACACCAAAAUCAGCAACAACAUCAACAACAAAAUCAACACCAAUCUAAUCAGCAUUCUAAGCAAGUAAAUCAGAGACAGACGACCUCUAAUUACCAGCAAAAACACCAGGUGUACUCAUCAUCGAGCCACAAUAGCCACCAUGAAGGGAGAUACAAUCAAGACAGAAGAGGAAGAGGAUAUGGGUAUUCAAGUAGUAGGCAGCAUAACCAGGGGGGACCCUCUGGAGGAAGCUACGAUUUGAAUAGAAAGCAACUGCCCCCACCUAAUUCAAAUGGGAAUGCUGGCGGGAGUUCGCAUGGCUCUAAAAUUAGGCCCAAUCAGCACAAUAAAUCACAACAGUUCCAGUCCGGACCUCCAAGUGCAGGUGGUAUUGCGGAGAAUACCAGUAACACUAACACAAAAAUAGCCGUAACAGCUACUACAACCAAUUCUACAAGUACUGCUGUAUCAGUACCCAAUGUUGUCAGUACUAAUAAUACAACCUCAACCACCACAGUCGAUUCCACAAAUCCAAAUGUGGCGGUCACGACCAAAGAGGAAGGAGGAAAACACUACUCUUCCCAAAACAAUAGUGGAAUUAGUACUUCCAGAAAGGAUUUCCAUGGGAUUACAAACAGAAGAGGAGGGGAUUCACACUACCAUGGCCACAGCAAACAACAAAGCGUUCGAGACAAUUCAAACUAUAAUCAACACAAGGAUAAUGCUGGAAAAGGUGGACUUCAUGGGAGUCAUCAAAAAGACAACGAGGUACCAAACAAGGAGUUGAGGGCAACUUCACACAAGGGUUUCAUAAGUGGCAAGCCAGGAGGAGCUGCUAUGAUCUCUGACUCAGAACAAAAGCCAGCGGCAAAUCUUGAAUCUAGACAAAAAAUUCAGCCACAAACUCAACAACAAGCUCAGCAACAGACUCAAACUGAGUCGCAGAAAUUACCCAAUUCUCAACAAGUCACUAGUCAAAAUUUUGGCGCUGAACAUAGGGGUACAGCAAAAGGAGACUCAAGUAUUCAGAAGGGAAGAACCGAGCAUAAUCAAAAUCCGAGUGCUACUACAACUAACUAUAACAACCAACAUAGUAACCAUCAUGGUAAUCAACACAGUCAUCACAACCAUCACCAUGGUAAUAAUUAUCACUUUUCCAAUAAUAGUGGAGGGGCUUCUUGGAAGGGACAAAGUGGCGCGGUUCACACACAUGCGCGCCAUGGGAGAUAUUCGGGGCCUAAGAAUGUGGGGAAGGGCCCAAAUGCAUACAAUGGCGGUACUGGCCAGAAUUUGGCGUUUUCAAAACAACCUACAGAGGGAGGUGGAAACCAUAGUUUCACACAUAAUACAACAGGAAAUACGAUUUCGGAAGACUUGAAAAAGAAGAAAGGCAAGAAAAGAUUUAACAAGAAUGUGAGGAACCUAUCGGGAGUCAAUGGAAGCCAAAUAAAUGGUCACCAAAUUGGCGGGAAUAACAAAGAGAGGGGCAAAUAUGGGUCUGGGGAGCAGUUGAGGACGCAUGGUGGAGAAGGAUUUUCUGCUACUUUACCUGAUGAGAAUGAACCAAAGAACAUAUCUAAUAAGAUUCAAAGUGGAGCUCCUCAGUACACUUCUGGUACUGAAAUUAUUCCAGAAAAGGGGAAAGUAACUGAACACAAAAAGAAAUUUUCGGGGAGCUUGAAUGAGUCAGAUAAUAUUGGAACUGGAAAGAGUACUACUACUUCGGGUUCUGCCAAUGGAAAGUCAGCUUCCCAGGAACUUGAGAAGACCCUGGACAGGAAUAGUGGUAAGUCAACCGACUGUAAUGCUAAUAAUGCUGUUGUUGCUAAUGGUGACAUGAUGGGAAUAGAAAAGGUCGAACCAAAGACAACCAGAGAUUCGGAAAGAAAAGAGAAAAUAGGUUCACUAACUCCAGCCCCUGAAACUAAGGAGGGUGAUGCCAACAAUAUUAGCAGUGUCAAUAACACUUCCACUGCCAAUAGUGGUAGUAGCAGUAGUAGUGGCAGCAGUAACAGCAGUAGUAGUAGUGGAGUUGUUGGUCCAUGGAGACGAAAUCUCCACGGAGGUCAAGCUGUGGACUCCUUGGAAACAGUAAGGAGAACUGUGAAGAGCCUCUUGAAUAAGAUAACUGUGGAAAAAUUUACAGUGAUAGCAGAGAAACUUGCCGUGUGUAUUGACGAGAUUAAGAAUGUGGAUGAGCUGGAAGAAUUGGUGAAGCAAGUGCUGGACAAAGCAAUAACAGAACCGGACUUUUCAGAAAUGUAUGCUGAUUUAUGUCAGAUACUUAAGUGGAGGAGUCCAUCACUUGUAAGUAGGGAUGGUAAAUCAACUAUAGGCUUUAGUAGAGCCUUGUUAGCAAGGUGUGAGCAGGAAUUUAAGAAUAUGCCUCGCAGUAUGACUCCUACAGAAGAGGAGCGCGAGAAGUACGAUUCAGAAGAACUGGUGAUAUUGUAUAGGAAGCGAAAGUUACACGUUUUGGGGAUAAUCCGACUUAUUGGAGAACUCUUCAUUAGAAAGAUGUUUCCAAUGAGGAGUUUGAAUGAACUAGUUUUUGAUUUGGUAAUGAUACAAGAGAAUCCUGACGAGUAUGCUAUAGAGUGUCUCUGUCAAUUAAUUAUGACUACUGGAUACUACUUGGACUCUAAUGAGAAAUCUCAAAUGAUUGUAGAUCAAUGGUUUGGAAGGCUUAAAGAAUUACAGAACACGUCUAUUUCUACAAGAUUAAAUUGUUUAAUCCAAGAUGUAUUUGACCUUCGAAAACAUAAGUGGGUCAAAAAGGUCCAUAAACAAAAGGCUAAAGCUCUAGCCGAUAUUUUGAAAGAUAUAGAUGUGGAGGAUGUCCUUGGUGGAGCAGCAAUUGCUGCACAAUAUGGCUCAGUUGUGGUGGUUGGAGAAAGGUCCAACCUCGUCGGGAAUUCGGCUUAUUAUAACUACAUGACUUCUCAAGAAGAACUUUACAUUUCAAAACAAAAGAGCUUGCAAAAGCAAUAA